GAGAGAGAGGACAUACAGUCUGACUAGCCAGAACAGCAUCUCAGUGACUAACCACUGAAUCUCUGUAAUGCAGCAGAACUGAUGAUCUGAUGCACCAGAGGGACCAUGGGUGCUGGAUUGAGGUUGGUGAUCUUGCUGCUGUUUCUGCUGUCUUGUUGGCAACUGACUGCGGCCAAAGAAGGAAAAUCCACAAAGAAGGGAAAGAAAGGCAAGCAAGUUGUCUGUCCAUCCCAGUUGUCCCCAGAAGAUCUGGCGCAGGUUCCAGCAAACUCCACCUCCAACAUCUUGAACCGUCUCAUGGUCAGUUAUGACCCAAGAAUAAGGCCUAACUUUCAAGGUAUCCCAGUUGAGUCCAGGGUGAACAUCUUCAUUAAUAGCUUUGGGUCCAUCCAGGAGACCACUAUGGACUACAGAGUGAACAUAUUUCUUCGUCAGAGAUGGAAUGACCCUCGCCUACGACUCCCGACUGACUUUAAGAGUGAAGCACUGACGGUUGACCCCAACAUGUUCCAGUGUUUAUGGAAACCGGACCUUUUCUUUGCCAAUGAGAAAAAUGCAAAUUUCCAUGAUGUUACACAGGACAACAUUCUGCUCUUCAUCUUCAGGAAUGGAGAUGUCUUGAUCAGUAUGAGGCUGUCGGUGACGUUAUCUUGUCCCUUGGAUCUUACACUCUUCCCAAUGGACACACAGCUGUGCAAAAUGCAGCUGGAGAGCUUUGGGUAUACCACCAGUGAUCUUGUGUUCAUGUGGCAGUCUGACCCAGUUCAGAUGGAUGAGAUUGCUCUCCCUCAGUUCGACAUCAAACAAGAGGACCUAAAAUAUGGAAACUGUACAAAGUUAUACCAAGGAAAAGGAUACUAUACCUGUGUGGAAGUGAUUUUUACAUUGCGUCGACAGGUUGGCUUCUACAGAUGGGAGUUUAUGCUCCAAACUCUAUUGAUUGUUGUAUUAUCCUUUUCAUUUUGGAUCAACCCUGAUGCUUCAGCUGCAAGGGUACCAUUGGGUGUUUUAUCAGUGCUCUCUCUGUCCAGCGAGAGUAUGUCCUUGGCGUCAGAACUACCAAAGGUUUCCUAUGUAAAGGCCAUUGAUAUUUGGCUCAUUGCCUGUUCUUUUGGAUUUUCUUCCCUGGUGGAAUAUGCUAACAUAUGCCUGACCAUACCACACCACUGCCACCCUGGGCCACUGAUCCACAGCAUUGAUGUGGAAGAGGGCAUGGUGCAUCAGCUGCAGGAGAGGAUUGUGGGGAGGGCUAGGAUAGCAGCGUCGGGUGAGAGUGAUUAG